GUGGCUUCAGAUUCGCCACACGGAGAGGAAAGGCUGAGAAAGUGACGAAGGCUUCAUGUAGGGGGUUUUAAGAAGGCUUAAGAAGUGUUUAUUAUUUUUUGAUGAAUAGUGGCACACCAAAGAUUUAGACAAGACAUAGCCAAAAUGCUCUGCCACGUUACUCGUCCAGAUUCGGUGGUAAUGGAAGUGGAAGUUGACGCGAAGGCGAACGGAGAAGACUGUCUGAAUAAGGUUUGCAGAAAGUUGGGCAUAAUAGAAGUGGACUACUUUGGGCUUCAGUUCACUGGCAGCAAAGGUGAGAACCUGUGGCUGAAUUUGAGGAACCGUAUCUGCCAGCAGAUGGAUAAUGUGACGCCGUGUCGGCUGAGGCUGCGCGUCAAGUUCUUUGUAGAGCCCCAUCUGAUUCUGCAGGAACAGACGAGACAUAUCUUCUUCAUGCACGUGAAGGAGGACCUACAUAAUGGUCACCUACGUAUGGGCUCAGAACAAGCAGAAGAACUAAGUGCACUGCUGGCACAGGCCGAGUUCGGUGACUACAACCAAAACACAGCACAGUACUGGUAUUCGGAGCUGUGUGGAGAGGAGCCAAGCACGGCCACCAUUGAAAGCAUCAUUUCAAGACACAAAGCUCUGGAAGGCUCGAGUCAGGGCUCUGUGGAGUAUCAGGCCCUGCAGCUGGUCUCCUCUCUGGAGCAUUACGGCGUGGAGUGGCACUGGGUUCGAGACGCCAAUGGCCAACGACUGGCAAUUGGAGUGGGCCCUGAAGGGAUUGCAGUUUGUAAGGAGGACUUCAGCUUAGUCAACAGAGUAAGCUAUCCAGUCAUCCAGAUCGCCACACAGUCAGGGAAAAGCGUAUAUCUAACAGUGACAAAGGACACUAGUGACAGUGUGGUGCUCCUGUUCAAGCUGAUCAGUAACCGGGCAGCCAGUGGACUGUACCGAGCCAUCACAGAGACCCAUGCCUUCUACAGGUGUGACACGGUUACUAACGCAGUGAUGAUGCAGUACAGCAGAGACUUUAAAGGCCACCUCGCUUCACUUUUCCUCAACGAGAACAUUAACCUGGGCAAGAAGUACGUUUUUGACAUCCGUCGUACGUCCAAGGAAGUGUACGACCAUGCCCGCCGUGCCCUCUACAACUCCGGUGUUGUGGACCUGAUGUCCCGCUCUGGCAGUGGAGACCGCUCUUCCCCCUCACGCUCCCCCAGCAGAGACAACCAACAGGACGAGGGGCUGGACUGUGGCAGCUGCCAGCAGAGCCGAGCCCUGCAGGAGCGUCUGCAGAAGCUCAGAGAGGCGCUGUUGUGCAUGCUGUGCUGCGAGGAGGAGAUAGAUGCUGCGUUCUGCCCCUGUGGACAUAUGGUGUGCUGCCAGACCUGUGCCAGUCAGCUCCAGUUGUGUCCAGUGUGUCGCUCAGAGGUGGAGCAUGUACAGCACAUCUACCUACCCACCUGCACCAGCCUGCUGAAUCUGACACUGACCGACAACCACCAGCACCGCAGCAGCAUUCCCACACCCAUCCACAGAGAAAUGGCGUCACCUCACAGCUGCACAGCCACAGAGUAUGAACACAAGAUCUACCACACAUAAAGAGAACUCCACCAAAACUCUGGACUCUUAAAAGCUACGGCAGCCCAAUUAAGGCUUCACAAAGAAGGAACAUUUCUCAUCAGUCUAAUUAACCAAACAUAGAGACUCAGCAUAAUCAAAGAUGGACACACUCAAACCACUCCCUCAGCUACUCUCUGUGUGUUUGUGUGAGUUUAAUUGUUAUUUCAACUCAUUUAAAGUAUUGUUGCUACUGCUUGUGAAUCAUUCUGUCCAAAUCUUGUAUGUGUUAAACAUCAUUCACCCCUGCCAAAACAUUGUUUUUAGAGUAGGCUUGUUUGUCUUUAAAUUAUUGCAUCAGUUGACCUGAUACAGAUAAGAAACAUUCUUUAGGUUUUUUUGAAUUUGUGUUUUUUAUUUCUUUGCUCUAUAUCAGACCUCCUAGCCCCAAACCCGAACCCUUCAAUGGACUUGUGUUUUUGAAUUUAUAAACACUGUACAUAAUGGUUUUGCAUUUUCCCCCAUUUUUAAUGCUUUCUGACAUUUUAAAGCUUCUCUGUUUGGAUUUGAGAAUUUUAUGAUUUAACAGAGUGAACGGCAUUUUUAAUUAUUUAAUUUCUUGUGUUUUUCGUAUUUUCAAGCCAACUAUGAGAUUUUUAGAGGCCUAAGCAGUACGCAUAUUAAUAAGACAAACCAGACUAUAAGGCCACAAGGUCCUGUCAUGCUAUCUGUGGGUGGAACAGGGUUAUUAAAUGUUCUUUUAGCUGAGCAAAACUGUGACUGGGGAUGUGAAAUGCAGCACUUUGCUGACACUCCCACAACCUUCUUCAACUUGGAACAGGUUUUGUUGACUGCCACUCGUCCAUAACAACAAGCCUAGUUUCAUAACCACUGCACCUUUUUCUUUAUCUAUGCCAACAGACGGCUAGAAUGAAGAGCCUCAGAACCACAGGGUUAUAAACAUGAGAUAAGAAUAAGUCCUGCCGCUGCUUCUUCUAAAAGCCUCACACAUAUGUUUUUUUGUUGUUUUUUUCCCCCUCUGGGGUGGACUAAUGCGUUCAUUUCCAAUAUUUUUAAAGGGUACUAGGAGAUCUGUCUGUGCAAUAAUUUCUUGCUUUUGAAAAGCUUUUCAUUCACACGUUUUAUUUAAUUUCAAAGACUGUAUUUAAAAAAAGAGAAAAAAACACAACAUUGUCACUUUACCAAGGAAGUUUUCCACAUGUCUGUAGGGGGGUUUGGCCUUAAUGUAGCAGCAACACCUUGUUUGUUAUAAACUUUCCACAGACUUUUUCUGUUAAGAAAAGGAGAACUUAAUUUCUUUAAUGCUGACUUGAUUUAAGCUCAGUCACUGCAGGGGAAGGACUUUUUAUUUUUCACAUUGUACAAGUAGGGGUUUGUUUCUGUUUUCUGAAGCAAAAGCCACUAUGCUCUGUAAAAUUACUCUUAGAAAUGAAAAUCCUUUUUAUAUCUUCUGUUUUUAACAAAUACAAAGUAUUAAUAAAGUUGUUUUUUAAAAACAAA